CUAUCUCCUACGCUGCUUGAAGAAACAAAAGCCAUGACUAUGCCGGAAGCCGCCGCUGCAGACCCUGUUGAGUCGCCGCUGCCAGUGACUGCCGAGGAAGGCUCGGCCGACGACCCGAGCAAGAAGGAGAACCUGCGUGAGCUGCGCGAAAAGGCCAUGGCCCAGUACGACUCCAUGGCAGAGGACCCGAAGCGCAUGCAGCGUCUGAACUUUCUGCUGGAAAAGUCCACAGCCUACGUUAGCUUUGUCGCGGCCAAGCUUGACAGCAACCGGCAGGAAAAAAAGAAGCCGAAGCGCAAAGCCGCCGCGCAACCGCGGCAGACCAAGGCAAAGAAAAAGAAGCGCGGCAAGCAGCUGGAGAUCAACGAGGACGAUGGUGUCCUGGAAGAUGAGGAUGAGGAGCGGGUUAUUAACGGUGAGGUCGUGUCGGACCGCCAGCCGAAGCUGAUCACCGGCGGCGUGAUGCGCGAGUACCAGCUGGAGGGCAUGGAGUGGAUGGCGUCGCUGUAUGAGAACGGGCUGAACGGGAUCCUGGCCGACGAGAUGGGGCUGGGCAAGACGCUGCAGACCAUAGCUUUCCUGAGCUACCUGCGCGAGCGCCGCGUGUACGGCCCGUUCCUGGUGCUGUGUCCGCUGUCGACGCUGCGCAACUGGAUCUCAGAAUUCGUGCGGUUCACGCCGUCAACACCCGUACUCAUGUACCAUGGCACGCCGGACGAGCGCCGCAAGCUGCGCAAGGAUAAGCUGCAUAAGCUGGACACAUCAUUCCCGGUGGUGGUGACCACGUACGAAAUGGCCAUGCGCGACCGCCUGGCGCUGCAGCGGUUCGCGUGGAAAUACAUAAUCAUCGACGAGGGCCACCGGAUCAAAAACAUGAACUGCAAGCUAAUCAGGGACCUGAAGAUGUACCAGAGCGCAAACCGCCUCUUGCUGACCGGCACGCCGCUGCAGAACUCGCUGGCGGAGCUCUGGGCGCUGCUGAACUUUCUGCUGCCCGAGAUCUUCGACGACCUCGAUAGCUUCCAGGCCUGGUUCGAUUUCAACGACAUCAAUGAGCGCGAGGGCCGCGACCGCAUUAUCUCCGAGGAGACACAGAACAACGUUGUGUCCAAGCUGCAUCACAUCCUGCAGCCAUUCUUGCUCAGGCGCCUGAAGGCUGAUGUCGAAAAGUUCUUGCCGCCCAAGCGCGAGUAUCUGAUUGCCUGUCCAAUGGCGCCCGUGCAGUACGAAUACUACCAGGCAGUGCGCGGCCCGAAUCUGCGCGAGUUCCUGCAGAACCGCCUGGCCAGCGAGUCCGAGGCAACCACACCGACCGAGUCAGUGCAGCUGCGGGCGCGGACCAUGAUCAAGCAGAUGAAUCUGCAGUUCCGGCUAAUGCAGCUGCGCAAGGUGUGCCAGCACCCGUAUCUGUUCGACUUCCCCCUGAUCAACCCAUCCGACCCAGAAUCCGAGUUCCUAAUCGACGAGCAGCUGGUGCGCUCUUCUGGCAAGCUGCUCGUCCUGGACCGACUGCUGCCGGAGCUGUUCAAGAACGGCCACCGCGUCCUGAUCUUCUCGCAGUUUGCACGCGUCCUGGACAUCCUUGAGUUCUAUGCUGGCCUGCGCAACUGGCGGUUCUGCCGCAUUGACGGUGCAGUGCAGCAGGGCGACCGGGAACAGCAGAUUGCAGAGUUCAACACCAACGCUGAUAUUCCGCUGUUUUUUCUGACCACGCGCUCCGGCGGUCUGGGCAUCAACCUGACCUCAGCCGACACUGUGGUGAUUUUUGACUCGGACUGGAACCCGCAGCAGGACCUGCAGGCGCAGGACCGCGUGCACCGCAUUGGCCAGACCAAGCCUGUGCUCAUCUACCGUCUGGUGGUGGCUGGCAGCUGCGAGACCGCAAUUCUGACGCGCGCCAACUCGAAGCGCAAGCUGGAGAAGCUGGACAAGGAUGAUCUGUCGGCCCAGGAUAUUGCACAGAUUCUGAUGGCCGAUGAUUCGGAGCUUGUGGAGAAGGACCAGAGGGAGCUGAAGGGUAUUUUGGAACGGCUGGGUCCUGAUGAUGCACUUCGGGCGCUGACCGAUCGCUGCCCCAUGGCGUAUGAGCGCAGCACGCGUGUUCCGGGCAAGCUGGCAUCGAGGAUUGAGCAGCUCACAGCGACCCGUGAUGAGACUAACGAUGUGCUUGCCAAGAUGGAGAAGCUGUAGUGUGUGUUUUGACCUUGACUGAGCCAGAAUCAAAUGUAUCUCGAUAUAUAACGU